UUCUCCUCUCCUUCCUGGUGUUUUGCUGUGUCUCUACAUGCAGCAGUUCGAAUGAUUAGUUUUGGGUAUCACAUGUCAAUUUUAUUUCAACCGAUUUGGUUUGUUGUCAUUUUAACAGGCAAAGAAGAUGGGAAGUCGUGUCAGAAGGUGACGGUGAGGAUGACAAUUAGGAAAAACGACUGUCGCAGUAACAGGCCUGUGAACAUCGUGUCAUGUGAUGGGAAGUGUCCGUCCGCCAGCAUCUACAACUACAACAUCAACACGUACGCUCGCUUCUGUAAGUGCUGCAGAGAGACGGGGCUGCAGCGGCGCUCCGUGCAGCUCUACUGCAGCGGCAACGCCACCUGGGUCAGCUACACCAUCCAGGAGCCCACCGACUGCUCCUGCCAGUGGUCCUAAACACACACACUGCACCGACACACACACAGAUGGUGUUUAGAUCUACAUCCUCUUAAACCACAAAACCAUGAAGAGGCAGAUGAAAGCCCAGCAUUGUUGCUUUAGGAUGUUGCGAGAGUGGAAUACUGAGCUGGGAUUGGCUGGACUUCAUGACUGACGCUCUUGCUCUCCAGUUAGUUGUUCUGCUGCCUCUGCUGGCAGAGAGGUUGUACUGCAGGCAAUCUGCAGCCAGGGCCAUAAAGGUGACCUUUGACCUCCGAUAUUUACCUUUCAAGGGAAGUAAAACAAGCCUUCAUAUGACUAUUUUGAGGAUUUUAAUUGAUCAACAUUUAAAAAACAAACAAAGUUUAAGUUAAUUUACUGUGCAGCUUAAAUGUUCCUUUAAGUUAAUUGUAAAAUAAGAGCAGCAGACUGGUGGCAUGUAAUUCAUAGCAGUGAUUAUAAUAACACAUUUCCCAUCAUUCCUUCCCUUCCUUCUAUUUUUUAUUAAACAAAAAGCUGCCUUUCUCAGUUAAGGCUAUGUGCUUUAAUAUAUAAAAUCAAACGAGAUAAGAAGUAAUGCAAAUUAUUUAAAAGGAAGUCACAAAACACUUGGUAGUUACAGCACUUUUGUAAUCAUCAGACACAUUGUCCCUAUUUGGAUAUCUAAUUGAUAUCAAAAUAAUAUUUGAACACCUCCGCAUGGUCCCAAAUCCCCCGCUGCACAGCUGCACUGCCACCUCCCUGCCAGACUGCAGAGAAAAGUCAAAGUUAAGCAAUGUGAAAAGUAAGUUGAGUUUUGUUUUGAAGGGUGAGCCACUGUUUCUGCUCAUAACCUAAGAGUGCUCCUGUGCUUCCAUGACUCAAAAGUAGAGAGAGAGAGAUUCAUAUUUUACCCAGAAUUCCUCAUGUUGUGCUUUGUUUUUUGUAAAUAUCUUUACUUUUUUUUUUAAUGAUUUGCAAUACCAA